CGGCUCUGCUUGAGCAGGAACUUGUCUGCUAACUGCUGGACCGCUGUUGUUGUGCCUUCCGCGGUCUCCAAUUUCAUCCAGGCCAUCGGAAUUCAUCUGAGGCCAAAAGUGCGUUGAAAUCAUUGUGUACGAACUCUACGAAGCCUGUGCUAACGUCGGAUGUGUUCAGCGACAUCGAGGCGCGCUUGCCCCGCGUUCGUGCGCCUCCCCAAACGGUGGGCCUAUCAUAGUGCAGUGGUCAAUCAGUCAACCAGUCGUUUGGCUCUGUGGCUGGAAGCGAUCCCCGCCAGCGCGUCCCAGGGCGGCCCUACUGCCCGGCAGCCUUUAUGAAACGCUCGACAGGACCUUUCGGGACAACUGGCAACACAGAAUAGGCACUGGCGAUUCUCAAUGACAUCGAUGUCCGUACUGCAUUACCCGAAGUGAACGACGGUCAGUGCCGUAGGAGCAUCAGUCGGCCUCUCUAGCGGCUGCUGGUCUAAUCUUGUUCUUCCGAGCGGCCGGAGUUGCGAACGCCGCUGUUGUGAGUUAUUCAUUUGUUUCAUAGUCUAUCCUGCGUUUCGCCAGCGAUAUUGUAAGUGAGGAGUUUGAACCAAAAUGAAUUUUUCCGAGCAAACACGGCAGGCGCUCUUCAUGAGCUAUGACGACUAUUCGACGCCGACGCCAAAGAUCGAGGCCCCGGUAGGGCACUUUGCUGAGUCCAACCCGAACCGCCCGCCUCUACCAAAGCCCCAACAGCGCAAUCAGGUGAAGCGGCGUCUCGAUAUGGAACAUGGCUCACCUGUGUUCAAAACGCCUUCGCCCGUUGUUCAUUCUAAGAAAAUCAAACUCAUUGCUCCCAAACAGGAGUCGCCACAGAAUUCUUUGCUACUUCCAUCGUUGAGCUCACGUGAAGGUCGUGUGGAUACGUCCCUAGGUAAACUUACUCGCAAGUUUAUCGACCUUAUUCGUGCCGCUCAAGACGGACUUGUGGAUCUGAAUCAGGCAAGUGAAGUUCUAUCUGUGCAGAAACGGCGAAUAUACGACAUUACAAACGUGCUCGAAGGUAUCGGGCUAAUCGAAAAAAAGCAGAAGAACGUCAUUCGCUGGAAGCCGCAAAAUGAGGAAGGAUCUUCACGGCAGGGUGCUCAACUACAGCUUGACCUGAAGGAGUUAGAGAAUAAGGAACACAUGCUUGAUGAAUUGCUUAAAUCAGCCGCAAGUGAGCUCGAAAAGAUAACUGAUACUGAUGGAAAGCAGUGGGGUUACGUGACAUACGCAGAUAUGCAAAAUAUACCUUCGUUACGUGAUCAGACCGUGGUAGCUAUUAAAGCACCGCCAGAUACAAAGCUUGAGGUGCCUGACGUACAUGACAAAAUUCAAAUGUUCUUACGGAGUGAUAGAGGACCUAUAGAGGUGUUCGUUUCGGCGGACGGCAUGGGUCACAACCACCCUGCUAGUGAUACGAGCGAAAACACUGCGCCAGAAUACAGCCUUACAGCAUCUUCGGUCACUACAUCUGAUACGACGUCACACGACCAAGCUGGAACUUCAGCUACAAAUCUUCUGGACGAUGAUCCACUACCGUACCGAACCAGCUGUAUCCCAGGUCAAAUAUCACCAACGGAUGAAAUGGUCUCCCGCUUCAUCACACCCUUCGUCAACUUGCAGCCAACCCUCUCAGAAGAAGACUUUAACUUCACAUUGGCAGAUGGAGAGGGAAUUACCGAUCUAUUCGACGACUAUCUCGUGCCGUUCCAGUGAGGUCUGCACCGCACUACUCAGUCCUAAAUGAAAGAAGAUACUUCUGGUUUGAGAUGAUAGCAGUGCGGUCUGUGUAUUCAUCGAUGUCAACUCUGCCGAUGGUGACCAAGUUCGAUAAAGAUAAUACUUUUGUACCGAAGCCGCUUUUAUGGACUAAAAAAGGAGCGGCUCCGGUCCUCGCUGUGGCUGGUGUUUGGGGGGUGACAUGUCAACGUCAAGACUAACAGCAGCAUCGGCAAGGCACGACGGUGACUUCUGUGAUUACAUAUUACAUUCUUAUUUUUAUUUUAUAACUAUGUGUAGUUAAGCAGCAGUCUGCUGUCUCUUGUAACUAAUAUGUGGGAUGGACUGUAUGCAUCCAUUGAGUCCUAAAACGAACCACACCCGGUUCGCGUGCUCCGCGAAAUAUAUUUACCCAAGAUGAUGAUAUUAGAACGAUACGACGAUAAAUUAUAAUAGUGCUAGUAAGGGAAAUCAUGUAGAUGGCAUUAAUUAAAAACGUUUGUUUUAAAAAAAAAACAAAACAACCAACUGCCAUAAGCAGUUGUCCAGGCAAAUCUAAAAAAUCUGGACGCAGUAUCAACAUAGGUGGCGGUUACGAUUUUGUUUUCUUUUAAUUUUUGAUUCGACCAAUAGAGGCAAAAAAAACAAAGAUGGCGGAGGAUUUCAUAAGCAUAUAUUAUUAUUACGAUUUCCAUCGAUCGUCGUCGUCAUCGCUAUUAGUUCUUUUAUGAGAGAAGCGUUGCGAGAUGUAAGCAAGCAGUAAAAGCAAAGUUGUAAUUAUGACACAGAAAAGAAAUUAUAUUCUUCAUGCUUUUAGUAUUGAACAUACGAUUGAUCUUAGCGUUUGGCAGUGUGUGGGUGCCUUUGGACGAGUUUAAAUAGAUAUAACUAAACCGUCAUGGGAUGCUUGAAAAACUCUUUUACUACGGCGACUAUCAUCAAUAUAAGUCGCCAGAUUUAUGCAAUGUAUCUACAUCUGUUCUAUCAGGUAUCAUGAUAUUUAGUGAUACAGAAAAUUAUGAUCUAUGUUUGGGUUCUUUAACAUUACAAGUAACGACACUUGCAAGCGCUUCGCAAAUAACGAUGAUGCGCCCUAAAUAACCAGAGCUUUUCUUCUACUCGCACGUGUCAUCAUCACCAAUAUACACCCGUACACAGAACAAAAUCUAAGAAAAAACGCGAAUGUACAGACAAAAGGAGCAAAAAGAUACCUCAAUGUAAUAGAGAUAGUAGAAGUAGUUAGUAGAGGUAGAAACGAUGAGAUGAUGAUCAAUUUUGAUUGACCAUCAUAGUAAAAUCUACACUUCUGCUGCUGCUGGCCACUAUUUGUAAUCCAUAAUAUUUUAAAUUAUCAAAGGAGCGCAGAUUUAACAUUAGAGGGCUAAGCGUAGUGGAAACAAGGGCCAGUAUAAUAUAUAUAUAUAUAUAUAUAUAUAUAUAUAUAUUUUAGCUGAAGGAGACAGAGAAACGGGACACGAGAGGCUUAGUAGACAGAAAAAUGAAGCGAGGAAGAGCAGACUUAUAUUACUGUAGAGCAACGAAGAGACACGGUAUGGCCAACGUGGCUGGGCGCGGUAUUUACAGAACGUAUACACGUUUCUAUACGGAAUAAGGAAAAGUAAGCGGGAGAAAAAUCUGUCUGUAAAUGUGGCAAGGUAUGUCGAAGGAGGAGCUGGGGUUUAGGUCGAGUGAACCGGGCUGUAUACGCCGUGGGCUCUUAUCGAUGUAUGAUAGAAACAAAGGAUAUAUACAAUAAUGCGAUGCGAUUGUGUUAUACUUCGGAACCGUGCUCCCAGAAAGUUCCGCAAGUUUACGAGCACCGAGUGACACUCAAUGGAGCGGGUUGGAUAUAACAAUAACGAUUUUUAGAUCUCACGCACGUUGCCGGUGUCUUUUCUCCCUUGGCAUUAUUAUGUUAGUAGCUUGACACUGCUACAAGCUUAUCACAUCGGAACUUGUCGAAUUCUUAAUGCUGCAAAAACAGUAACAGUAAACCUUGUAAGGUGACUAGACGCCAUCCCGUUAAGUACAUCUAGCUUUGAUUGUUAUUCUGAUGGUGUCUAAUGUGGACGAAUCCUUUAGAUUUACUGAACGAAGACCGUCAUUAUGCGAACUCGUGGUAAAGCACUCCUAAGCUACUUGCCUUGUCUUUGCUAAAUAUCCGCAAUGGGUUCAUAGAAAUAGGUCAUAGGCAACUCAUGGUGUGGAACCCACACUGAAUAAUUGAGGUAAAAAUACCUUUGUUCUGAAGCGAACAUGUGAAAUGUGUGGGAAAAUUUAAUUAGAAGUUGGUGAAUUUACGCAGUGGCACCUUAUUUUGAUCACGUUGAACACAAGUCAGGCGAGACAGUUUAGACCGCCUGUACAUGUGAAGAUCGCCGAGAAGGCAGACAUGCUCAGCUUAUUCGGUUUAUGAACUACAGUUCGUUCUCUUUAUGUUGUGUCCAAGGUGAGUUUCGAUCCGCCUAGUUAUUAUAUUUUGACAUUGAUCAUCCUUUAUUUCUAGCCACUCGGCUGUAAGUCGUUUUUAUUUUUACAGUUAAAUUAUCGUAACGAAAAAACAAAAAUAUAGUCGUUGUGCCUCGUAGCAAAAUGUAUCGAUUUUUUGCAGUGAAUCGUUUUGUUGAUUAGAACGCAUUGUACAUACAACCGUAAUACUUUUGUGAGGAGCCGUGGAGCAAACUGAUUGCUUUAGAUAGUACAACUAUGUAUUAUUAUUAGUUGGGCAGACAUAUAUAGACAUAUACCGGGCUAGCACAAGUGAAACCUUAGGUCUCGGGGUCUCUGAAAAAGUAUCAGAGCCUAGAACGAGAAUAUAUAUAUAUAUAUGUAUACCCGGGAAGAAAAGACUGCCCGACAAUGGUGUGAUUGAGGGAGAGGCUAAAGAGGGUUAAAAUCAUUAAGCUUAGGAAGGAAUGAGGAGAACUGCUCACAUAAGUUAUCCAUUCAUGCCGCUCAUGGUACUCUUUAUAUUCUACAAACAUUAUCAGUUUUCUUUCAUAGGCAAAUGGCCAGUGAAUCACUGGGCCGCAGAGUAACUGAAACGACAUUGAUACAGCAACUCGGUAGACGAGGAAAUUACUAGAAACCGCGCUCACUAUUUACGUAUUCAUACGUGAUAUUGAGCGCCCUCUAUGCUAACACAAAUCGAAAAUGGCUGAGAAAGUAAGAGCAAAGUCGUGCGACUGACUUUGUGUCAUGAAAAUAGAUAAGAAUGCCCAUUGAUAGAAGCUACAAAGAGCAGAUUUUCAUAAUCAAAUAUUUAGGUUGUGCACCAUGCACGUGUUCUAGCUACUCGAUGUGCUUGAUAUUUUGAUUAUUUUAUCUAUGACAUGCAGUUGAAAUUAGCCACGAAUUUUAAUUAAGCAGGUGUCACCAAACGAGAACGGCAAAAUAAUUUCCAACAGUGUUUUUUUAGUACUGAACCUACCACUACCGAUCAGUUUAACGGUUUGCCAUUUUUUUUUCCAGUUUACAUAUCUAAAAGUUAGUACGCUGCCAUAAAACUUUACACCAUUGAGAAUCUACGUUUAGUUGUGAAAGUAAUAACUCUUUUCAAGGAUUGUUCAUUUUGACCUGGCAUGGUAACAUUAGAUAUAAAAGACGCGUGAGUAGGUUUAGUAUUAAGUGUCAAUCGAUUUUUUUCAUGAUCUAACUAAAAGUCAGAUUUAAGCUCGGUUACGAAAAUACUGUUAAAAGAACCGUUGAAAAGGGAAGCAUAUUAAAUCUGGAGCAGUCUGGUUCUAGUCUUCUUCUACUAACGGUGAUUAAUCUCAUUGCUAGAAAGCGCACGAGGAAAGGUGGUACGCAGCGGAAAAUCAUUGGUAGUGUUUCUAAUGGCUUAAAUUAAUGUUAUCAUCAUGAAGGCAAUUAAUACUUGACAAAAUGGUGUUGUUGCUACAUUCGGAAUCAGUCACUAUCUGUUUAUAAACUGGCUCUAAUAUAGCCACGAAGUGGUAACCGUAAGCCUCAUGAUAUCAUGCUUACUGACUACAAGAGUAAUGAAGCGCGAGUGGCGGACGUACAUACGAAAAAAAAAAAAAACAGCGAGAUUGCUCGUUUUCCUCAAAGAGGAAAUACACAACGUCAUUUUAG